CAAAAAUGGCGAGAUGACGUUCGUGGAAGUGUUGAAAGUGGUAUUUUCAUUUCGAUAGCAAGAGUAGUUGCUUCCAAGAAAGGCAAUAAUGGCUGAUCGGAAUAGAACACGAUCCAAAAUUUACGAGACGUUAAAUAACCCUGAACUUCGCUGUAAAACGGGUUGUGGUUUCUAUGGAAACCCAGCAUGGAGAGGUUACUGUUCAGUAUGCUACAGAGAGGUGUAUCUUAAGCAGCAGAGGGCACGAGCUGCAUCACAUAGCAGAGAAGAUGCGUUAUCUGGUGGCUCUCACAAUUUCCAAACAGAGGUGGGGCAUGAGGAGGAAGAAUCAGGAGGAAAACUCAAGUUCAACAAAUUUGAAGAAAAAAAGAGGUUCCAGUUAGAAUCAAAAAAACAAAGUGUCAAGAAAUUAUUCAAAAAGAGUCCAGGCAGAUCUUCUGUACCAGAUGCUGCAAAUUUAUCCCCAUCUCAAGUUGAGCCUGAAAAGAGUGUUUCAAGUUUCCGGGAUUUCCUAAAGACCCUCAGGAAACCAGCAGCACAAGAUGUCAAUGACAAAUGCAAAGUGUUUGUUCAGAGCAUUUUAAACAACCCAUCUCUGAAGGUGGAAGAACAGAGUCAGUUGGUUCAUGACUUUUAUGGGGCAAUGUCAGAGCAUCUACAGUCCCAUCAGUUGUUUCAAAAUCAGCCACAGGAAGUGAUUGACAGAACAUUGGAUGGCGUAGAAAAACACAUCAUGACAAAGUUGUAUAGAGUUGUUUUCUGUCCAGCUUCUACGGAUGAUGAAGCUAGAGAUUUGGCAAAUCAAAAGCGUAUAAGAAGUUUUAAGUGGAUAACUCCUCAGCAUCUAGAUGCUGCGAUAAAUCCUAGCAGUGACAAGGUACAGCAGUUGAUUGAGGAAGCACAAGAAGAUCUGGUGGAAAUAAACACAAGGAGAGCUCCUCAGGAUAAACUAGCUUGUGUUGUGCGUUGCUGCAAGAACAUAUUCAAAAUUAUUCACUUCUCAACACCUGCUGGAGGAGCAGUUAGUGCCGAUGACUUCCUUCCUUGUUUCAUUUAUGUUGUCUUAAAAGCAAAUCCUACAAUGCUACAUUCCAAUGUUCAGUAUAUCUCCAGAUUUUGCAAUCCUAACAAACUAAUGAUGGGAGAAGCUGGAUAUUACUUCACAAACCUUUGUUGUGCUUUAUCGUUCAUUGAGAAGCUUGAUGCUCAGGCAUUAUCCAUGUCUCAGGAAGAGUUUAACAGAAACAUGUAUGGGGAUGAAAGCGACGGUGCAGAGCAAACCAAACCUGAAGCGGAGCCUCCUGUGACAUGCAAGGGUCUGGAACUUAUGAAGUCCAAUUUAGAGAGGCUUGGCACUUUGAGGGAACGCCAAGUGAAGCUCAAGGAGGACGCUCUUUUACUACAAGCACAAAUGACAGAAUUCAGGAACAACAUAGUAAAGGAGGUUGACGCUAUCUUAGCUGGAACAAGUAAAGGAAACACGUAUCUGAAACCAGUUUUAACAGCAGGCGAGCCGCUUGAGACAGGUGUGACUGCGAGUUGAUCUACCAAACAAAGAUGUCAAGAACAUUUGCAACUGAGACUUGAAUCGACGCAGAAAAGGCGCAUCGAUCCUGAUAAACAGCGAAAUGUUCUCACAUUUUCCACACCUUUUUCCGUGAUCAUAAAAAUACUGUUUUAUGCUAUAGUUAAGAUAUUAUGCGCGCUGUCAUUGGUCGAUGGGUUUGAUUACGUGGGAUUAUAGAUGCAUGCGCGCAUAUUUUUUGAGAACUAUUUUCUGAAAAUAAUAGGACUUUUAUUUCGUGUCUACAGAAAGUGAUUUAGACAUUCGGGAGGAUUAAGAGAGUUCACAAAAUGUAAGCAAGUCUUUCAUUGCAUCUCGAGUUCACUUAAUUUUUCUCGAAUUCUUUCAACCUCUCUCUCUCUCUCUCUCCCUCUCUCCCCUCUUUCUGUUGUGUUUAAAUACAGCUCUAUCGUUAUGUCUAGAUACACCUCUGUAUUCACGGAAAGAGUCCUCGAUUGCUUAAAUAGACACUUGCAUGCAAUUGUACAUAGUACUUAAUUUUGUUAUUAUAAUUAACCACUGAAGACAGAAGAUUCGGGGAAAAGACGAUCUGCAAACUGUACUGAAAAAGGAAAUUACUGAGAACAAGUUACAUAACAGGUUUUAUAUGGAAAUUAUUUAGUUAUAUGUAAUGCAGAAAUUGCUAUUUAUACUUGCAUAUUUCAAUAAAUUAUAUAUGUCUAUUGUUUUUCACCCCAACUGCAAUGUGUUCAUGAUAUUUACAGUCGAAUUCAUUGUAGUGUGUUCAGUCGAAUCUAAGUUAAAUAUGACUUUUGAUAUUCACAUAGGACAAGAAAUUAAAUCUUGCAUGAGAUUGGAAA